AGGAAAACAUCAAUUUACCGAAUCAGGCAGGUGAGUCACGCGUGAUCCGCCUGUCACACGCGUCUGGCGGGCGUAGCGUAAAACAAACUCCCAGCUCGCGCGUCACAGGAUCUGGCUUUGGGCUUUUGGGAGUUUUGGGUUAUGGAUUUGGGCUGCGGGACUGGGCCUGGGAGUCUGGGAAGAUUAGCUUAACAAGACAUACAAGGCUGCUGGUGAUCAGUGUUUGAGGUCUCGUUGGUCUAUCUGCUUCCGCUUCUGCUACACUCAAACAGAGCACUGUCUGCGCUCCUUCUCUUUCCUGCCGGGAUCUUCACAAUGUUCUCGGAAACUAUCACCGCAGUCUCGACUGCGACCGCACCUGCCAUCACCGUCGGCCCCCACGACGACGGCAACGCAGUCCUCCGCCUCGGCCGCCCAACAGUACUCAGCAAGCUUCCAAACGAGCUCAUAUGUGAGAUCUUCAAGUACAUUCCCUACCCGUUCAUCCACACACUCGCAAUGGUCUGCCGCGAGUGGAAGACCUUCCUGGACGAGUACUUCCGCUAUGAUCUCGACCGGCGCAGCGGCACGCUCGACUUCACCAGCACGCGGGGCUUUCGAACGUACGGAUAUUUAGGUCGCGUGCUUGAGCACAUACCUUCGCGGCCGAUCGAGGCCAUCUUCGUCAACACGGCUGACAAGCUCGAGGACUCGACCGUCGGCGUGCUGCUCGACAUAAAGAUGACAAUGACGCCCGGCCAGUGGUAUCACUACCACGGCUCCGGCGAGGACUGUCCGCUGCUUGAGCGGUUUCCAAAUUUAGAGCACAGACUGAGCGGAAUCAAGGAGCUUUCUGUCGACCGCUCGGUGAUGACGGUCCUUCAGCACUGGAGCGUGCACUCGCCCUACCUGCGAUCGACAGCGUUCUACAGACUCGAGGCACUGACCCUGCACCUCUCCAUCUUUGGCGAUUUCGUCAACACGCUAGCAAAAGUACAGACCGGCCUGCCAAACCUGCGACGACUGACCGCCGAAUGCGGCACCUACGAGCGACACAACCUUCGCGGCCGAGGCGGCGUGCUGCUCAGCGACAAAGACACCUACCGCUCGAUCUUCCCCGCGCUCGAGUACGUCAAGAUCGGCGCCCGCUGCCUGGGCACGCCCAAACCGCCGCUCGAGCCGGGAAAGCCGUAUUAUGUCAACAGACCGGUGUGGACGGUGGAGGAAAUGGAGAGUCUUAUGCGCAUGGCGCCGGAGAUGUCUGAGCUCUGUCUGUCCGGCGUGGUGCUGCACAGCAAUAUCUUUGGCGACGGGCCAUGUGUUUACAGAUUCAAUGCCGCGAUGAAGGUUCUUGUGCUAAGUGGCUGCUCUUUGAAGGCGACAAAGAUCUCUGUCGCCAGAGCAGACCAGGAGCCAGUGUGGUCUAUGAAGCGAGCGCGGGGGAGCAAGAUUCCUCCCAAGCGGAUAGUCUUUGGCUGAACUCUGAUUCAUCGCUUGAAGACCUUCUUGCUCUGUGUUUGAUUUCCUUUUUUA